AUGUUCUUAGCAGUCUUUUCAGAGUUGAGAUGUGUCCUCUCCCUUUCUAAUUUUCAUUUCUGCCACUCUGUAACUCACCCAAGUAGCUAUGUUCAGAAGCUUAGUCUCAUCCUUAGUCCUUUUGUGUGUUUUGAAUCCCAUGUCUCCCAGCGCUGCAACGAUACACCACAGAAUCACUUCUCCCCCAAUCCUCCCACAUACACCGACGGCAGCCCCAACAAGCCCCGAGUAGCAAAUACAGGCUACGACUGUUACUUCGACACCGCACAUGGGCUAUGGGGCUUCUGCCCAACACCCGUAACGGCAUCCAGUGGCUGCAGCCUAGUAGGUUUCUGUUUCGACAGCGUCGCCUGUACAACAGGCUGGGGAACAGAAACGCUGCGUGCAGUUACAAACUACGUGGAUACAUUCACGACGACAUCUCAAUCCUUCUCGUUCCUUGCUAGCCUAAUCACCUCACCAGUCUCUCCCGCAGAAUCUCCAAACCCAUCAGCCUCUACCUCCUUCUCUUUAUCUUUCCACUCCUCAAACAUCGGCGCCAUCAGCGGCGGCGCCGUAGCUGCCAUAGUCGUAAUCUGCCUCACGGUUCUUGGUGUGCUGCUUAUACGAUGGAAAGGAUGUAAGGGUGGUAAAGCUGCUUCUAAAAACGACUCAGGACAUAGCAUGCAAGGCUUGGUUGGCGGGAAAAAGAGUGGUGAGCAGGUGAAGAGUAGAUAUGAGGCUGUGGAGAUGUAA